AUGCCCACCCCGGAAUCCGCCGCCUUCCUCGCCAAAAAGCCCACCGUAGCCCCCAGCUACGACGGCGUCGACUUCGAGGACACCGCCGCGCUACACAAUGUGCGUGACGCCAUCAUCCGCGAGCAAUGGGUGCGCAGCAUGAUGGCGCGGCUGGUCGGUGAGGAGCUGGGGAAAUGCUACAGACGGGAAGGGGUUAAUCAUUUCGAGAAGUGUGGGGUGUUAAGAGAUCGGUAUUUCGAACUGUUGAAGGAAGCGAAGAUCAAGGGAUAUUUGUUCCAGGAGAAGAAUUACGUUUCGAAACCGGCGUCGUCGUGA